AUGAAUCUUCAAGUUCACAGAUGCAUCCGUUGGUUUGGAGUCCAUCCGAACAAGGAUGUGACAUCACCCGCCAUGUCAUCAAGCACCUUGGUGGAGGCACCCACAACACAUAGUGCUAUGAUUGACGGAAAAAUCGAGAAUAAUUGGUGGUCUCUUUUCUCAUUUAUUCCUUGGGUUACGAGUGCUAGAGGUAAUAUUCAGUUGCCAACAACUGUAAACAAAGAGCUAAAAAAACGGGCACAGCCCCGCACUGAAUACGCUGCCAUACGAUUCCGGCCCUACGUCUCGAAGGUCCCAUGGCACACGGGCCCAAGAGGCUUUCUGUCACAGUUAUUCCCAAGAUAUGGGCACUACUGUGGGCCUAAUUGGUCCAGCGGUAAGGACAGUGGGUCCCUCGUGUGGGACAAACGCCCAAUUGACUGGUUGGAUUUUUGCUGCUAUUGUCAUGAUAUAGGUUAUGACACACACGAUCAGGCUGAGCUUCUCAAGGCCGACCUGGCUUUCUUGGAGUGCCUGGAGAGGCCACAUAUGAGCACGAGAGGAGAUCCUCAGGUUGCUAGUCUCUACAAGUUUAUGUGCAUUUCAGGUCUUAGAAAUAUCUUGAUACCCUACAGGCAGAAUCUUGUGAAGUUACGAUCAGGAGAGCCAUUGAUUCCAUUUGCAUGGCUGAACAGUUUGAAAUUGAACGAUUUCUUGUCGAGAGUUAAAAGAUUCAGCGUAAAAGAAAGCGGGUCGGAUUAG